GGCGGGGUUCUGGGGACAGAGCCGCUCGGGCAGCAGGGUGUCGCUGUAUAAACCGUCACUCUCUCAGAGAGAGAGAGAGAAAGAGAAAAAGAAAAAGAAGAUGGCGCUGAACAGAAACCAUUCUCCUCAGGGAGGAGUGCUCAUCAAUAACAGUGAGAGUGUGCUGAGAGACUGUAAGAAUGUGGAGCUCUCCUUCAGUGAUGUCACACAAAAUAGUGACCUGUUCAAGGGAACCAAGAAGGGCAGUGUGUACCUCACACCUUACAGGAUGGUGUUUGUGAGCAGUAAUGUGAAGGAGAAGUUCGGUUCCUUCAUGUUCCCGUAUUACCUGAUGAAGAACUGCAGCAUUGAACAGCCUGUUUUUUCUGCCAACUUCAUCCAGGGCGUCAUCAAAGCAGAACCUGCGGGUGGUUGGGAAGGUCAGGCCAAGUUUAAGAUGUCCUUCCCCAGUGGAGGUGCCAUUGAGCUCGGACAGCACCUCUUUAAACUGGCCUCCAAUGUGUGUAUUGUGUGUAUUUCAGCAUCUCGCCCCCCCCCACAGAGUGGAGCUACUUGUUUUGCCCCUGCAGGCUACAUGAACGGCUAUGCGAGUCCAGCCAUGCCUCAGCCCUACUACAACCCUUACCCUUACCCACCUGCUGCUCCAGGCAUGUACCCCACAGUUCCACCCUACAUGGCACCACCUCCUCCAUACCCUGGACCUCCUCAGAACUGGAACCCCCCACCAGUUGUUCCUGGUAAUGCUAAAGCAGCUGAGGCAGCUGGCAGUGCUUACUACAAUCCCACCAACCCACACAACGUCUACAUGCCAAUGGACCAGCCUCCUCCAUACUACCCUACUCAGAACCAGCCUGAUAAGAAAAACAACUAAGUCUCCGCCCCUGUGAUGUCACAUGAUUGCACAGUUAUGACAUCACAGGAUUUUCUCAGAUUGGCUUGUACUGGAUAUCAGAACCCAAGCAGAUCUUAUUAUACAUACAUGUAUUGUGUAUCUCCUUUAUCUCAGUGUGUGUGAUAGAGUGAGUGAUAGAAGUGUGUGUGUGUGUAAUCAUGUUUAUAACCAGCAAAGAUUUUCUAAUUCAGCUUUUCUGCACCUUCUCACUGUUUUUAAUCAGAAGUAUAAAAAAUUGUGAAAUGCGUUUUUCAGAUGUUGUUAGAUUUGCUGCUUAGUGACUCUUGUUUCCAUGGCUACUGCAUUAACGCAGACCUAUUCACAACUAUUCACAAAGUCUCUGGAGUACUUGGGUUGUGUGUGUGUGUGUGUAACAAUCCUAUAGCACAGGUACACAAUCAUAUUAAUUUUAAUAUUCAUAAGAAAUCCUUAAUGCUGUGUGUGUUUUCUUAGAGAAAGCAAUCCCAUAAUAUCGUGUGAUAAUAGAAUGCAAACUGUGAGUAAAGUAGAUUAUCACAGAAUGCAUUGACACACUCUCUCUCUCUCUCACACACACACACAUACACACGGUUUCCUUUAAUAUUCAGGAUUACUUUCUCUGAUUUCAUCUGCUAGAUUAAAUAUAUACUGGUGAAUAAAUAGAUAUUUUAGAGUCUGUACAAUGUUCUGACUGUAAUGUGUAAUUGUGUGUGUGUGAGACACAUCUAGGAGAAAGGACAUCUAACAACCACACACACUAAUAACACUGCAUAAUAACAGUUUCAACAUAUUCCUGCUGCCCGCUGCUGUUUCCUGCUUUUUGCUCAGCACCAAUUACAUUUAAGCAUCAGCUCUUGUGUUUAAUUAAACUUCUAUUGAUUUUAAAAUCUCUUUUCUUUAUCAUUAAAUAGACAUCCUGAUCAGAAUUUCUACAAUACUCAAGCAGCUGUGUUUAUUUUGCUAACAAAUUAUUUAUUAGUGAAGAAAAUAAACUGUAAACAGAAAUAAAAUAGAUGACCUCA